UCCUUUGUAAACCUAGCAUGUUUAGUACAGACAGCUAACAAAAAAGCUAGUCAUUGCUGAAACGGAAGUGUAGCUUACACUCUGUUUACAAAAGUGUUUACAGUUCUGAUAGUUCUGUUUUCUGUCUGAUUCUGGUGUUUUCUCCCGGUGUUCUGUUUGCUGGUUUACCGGUGAUGCUAAUAGCUAAUUGCUGAUGCAACGUUGUGAGCUUUUGCCUCCCCGACUGUCCUUACACAACCGGCUCAGUUGAACGCGUCGGUUCGAUAAUCUGCUGCAGUUCAAACGGCGGUAAUAAGGCGUGAUCCGCGGCUGACCCCCCGCCAUGCUGCAGGAGGGGUCCACGCAGCUGCUGUGCCUCACGGCCGGCAGCGGGGUCCCUCUGUUCGUCAGGGGGGGCUCCAGGCAGCUCCCCUUCUCCGUCAUCGGCUCACUGAACGGCGUGCACAUGUUUGGAGGGGGCCAGGGCGCGCUGCUGUCCUCCUGUGAGACGGAGGACGGGGGCAGAGUGGUGUGGAGAGUGUUCCAGGACAGUGUGAUGCUGAUCGCCGUGUGCUGCAGAGGUCACGGCGGGUCAUGCAGCAGCAGGAUGAUGCAGAUGCGUCUGCAGCGCCUCUUGGAGAACGUGUGGAGCUGCAUGGUGCUGGUGUUGGGGCAGGACGAGCUGCUAAAUGUCAGGAAUGUUGAAAGACUGAAGAAGGAACUGAGGUCCUGCUUUGGCCUCAUUGAUCAGCUGAUUGAAGAAAGACAAGAGGGCAUCAUGGGUAACCUCACGCACUGCGCCGAUUCCCUGCUGCCCUCCAACCCCUCUCCUCUCCAAGAAGCCGUGGACGGAUUUGCUGAGGCAGCGGACAGUGAGUUUGGAUGCCUCAUCGUCCACGGGCGGAUAGUCACUGCGACGGAGAAGUGGUGGCGCCUGGCACCGGCCGAGAUCGUCCUGCUUUCAGCUUUGGUGCGCUCCCUGUCCGCGUCCGGAUCUACCUCCUGCGAUUAUCCGGUUUUCCUGCCGCAGGGCAGUCCCACCGUGGCUCACCGCCUUCUGCGCUUCCAGCUUCUCCCCAGAGCUGACAUGUGCGUCCUGUGCGGUCCCACGCCGCCCCUCCACAGAGCAGAGGCGGAGCUGCUGAGCCGCUUCUGGUUGCCCCUUGUGGACACGUUGAGAGACUGCCUGGACGUGGGAGAGCGCUGCUUUCCAGGAUCCGUGCCGCUGCGGCCUGACGUCCUGGCACUUCUCCUCAUCAACCGUGAAACUCGACGCUCGGUCUCCUGUGUGCAGAGUUCCAGUUAUGCCCUCCCCAAGGCGCGCCGCUGGGAGCUGCUGAAGCUCUUCUACAUCUUCACCGUGUCGCACUACUUCCCCCAGGAGGAGGGAUCUGAGGAGAGCGAUCAGAAGGACGGAGCUGCCGACUUCCUCCUUGGAUUCUCCCACCAGCCUCAACAGUGUUAUUUAGUAACAGAUGAAUGUAAAAGUUACGGCCUUCAGACCCCCCAGCACCAGCUCUACCUGCUGGUCUUACCUUCAGUGCCCACCUACGCGCUGCGCACCAUCGCCACGCAGACUCUGUCUGAGAUACACGCUGCCACUAAAUUCUAAGUUUUCAGGAGAAGAAAAAGAUGUUUGUUUGCAAAAAAGUUGACACAGUCAGAGAUUUUAUGGUACUUAAAAUGAAAAUGCUUUAAUGUUUUUACAGUUAAAACAAAUUCCUGUCUUAAAACUUGAUUUAAAAGUUUUUGAAAUGCACUGGAGAAAAAUGUGAAGAUGUCUUGUGGUUUUGUCUACUGCGGUUUCUUAAAUGAUUAUUACAUUUUUAUUAGGGCUGUGAAAGUUGGCGCAUUAACACACGAUUAAUAAAUCAUAAUUAAUGUGUUCAUGUUUAUUAACGCCCUCAGGCAUCCUGUAAUAAAACUGUCUAAAUAGACUACAACUUUUGUUAUAUUCUGUGAUUGAGAUUGCAUUAAAUUAAAUAGAUAAUAUGGCCAUUAUUUGUAGUUUUUGGACAAAAGUGAUCUUGUAUUUUAAUAAAUAAGGUGGAAAACGAACAGCUCUUAUGCAGCAGCGGCAGAAAUUCGAUUAAAUUUUUAUUCAUAUAGCCCAAUAUCACAAUUCAGUUGCCUCAUUGGGCUUCAUUCAAGUAAUUUUACAGAAACAAAAAGUCGGACAAAAAAUAUAAACAAAAACUAAUUGCUAAACGAAAGUCCCGCCCACCGACGUUGCUGGAGGCGAGUAGUUCAGAACGGACAGACACGCCCCCACCUGUGUAAAUUCCACUUGAGCCAACCUGAAAUCCAGUUGAUCAAACUAAUCCCAAAAAAAUGUUUUAUUAUUUUUCACAAACACAAUAAAGAAAAUGUAUGUGGAAAAA